AUGAUGCUUAUGAAUGAUAGAUGCGUCAUAGUUGAUAUUAACUUAGUUUUGUUUAAAUGCUACACAAGUUAUGAAGAUUUGGACAAGAUGGAAGAGUUAGGGAAGAAAAUGUUGAAAUACUGUGGAGGUCUUCCAUUGGCCGUGGUGGUUCUAGGUGGAAUUCUUAGAACUAAAAGAACCCUCAAGGAAUGGAAUGAAGUGCAUGUGAAUAUCAAAUCCUAUCUGGAUAGGGGAGAAAAAAUUGGAAAAGAAGGAGAGGUUCCAAAGGUUUUAGCUUACAGUUACUAUGACCUCCCUUGGCAACUAAAACCAUGCUUUCUUUACUUGGGUAAAUUCAAGGAAGAUUCUGACAUUGAAGUAGCGAGUUUAUAUCAGAUGUGGAUAGGAGAAGGUAUGAUAUUUGAGAAUGAUAGAAGGGAGCAAGAAACAAUGGUGGAUGUUGCAGAGCGUUACUUGGAAGAACUAGCAAAAAGAUGCAUGGUUGAGAUUAAAGUACAUGAGGACGGGAAGCAUGCGGUAACAAGGUUGGAGUCAUGUCGGCUUCAUGAUCUUAUGAGAGAUCUAUGUUUAGCCAAGGCAAAAGAGGAGAAUUUGUAUAAGUUGGUCGAUCAAAGUACUUCACGAGAUUCUCCUCCCGCAUUUGAAGCACAGUAUGGUUUAGUCCUUCAUUUGCUUCCAGAGGAUAUUUCUAAAUACAACUUUCUGCCAAAAGAUCAAACUAAGCAUCUUCGCACAUUCUUGUGUGAUCCGUCGGUAGGCCAAUGGGAAUGUUUUUCAGGGGUGAGAAUAAUGUCCCAAGUCAAGAAUUUGAAGAUGCUUAGAGUUUUGGCAAUUUUGUCCUCCAAUAUGGCCUCCCAAAGGUGUUAUUUCAAAUCACCUCUACGAUAUGUCGGACUUACUCGAUUAAGGCUGUCUGGUACUAAAAUUGAGGAAGACCCAAUGGGAACUCUCGAGAAGCUUCCUGGCCUAAGAAGACUGGUGCUUGGGAGAAAUUCUUUUCUGGGCCAAGAAAUGAUUUGCCGCUCAAUGGGAUUUCCCCAACUAAAACAUCUCGAGCUUAAUGGUUUGGGUAACUUGAAGCUGUGGAAAGUGGAUGAUGGGGCCAUGCCUAAGCUUUUAACUUUAGGGAUUGACGAGUGUGAACAAUUGGAAAUGAUUCCAGAUGGGCUGAGAUGUUUAACCACUCUAAAAGAUGUAUCUCUUGCGAGAAUGCCUGAAAAAUUCAACAAUAGAAUUAGGAUGGAGAAUGGUCAGCAAGGAGUUGAUUAUGAUAAAAUAAGCAAUGUACCUUCAGUUAAGCUCCGCAGAGUUUUCACUUUUGUAUCAGCUUUUUGA